UUAAACGAUUGUACAGAUAGUGAAGCUGCACUGUCAAGGCGUGUCGACGCCUGGCUUUGACCCACGGAACAUGUUGUAUUAGCAGAGACCAGUAGAAAUGUGAGGUUCCUUGUGGAAAAAGCGUGCGUAAACGUUACAAUUUACAGCAAGCUUGCAACAGGCUUUAGAGCUCAAUUUUGGCUCUGUAUUGAGAAUCCCAAGAGUAUCAAAACUAUUACGGCCAAUCCAUGAUGCAUUCAUUGGUUCUGACAUUAGGGAUAUGCGGAUUCCUCUUGGCCGUCACACAAGGUUUUGCUACUGUCGCAAAUGAUCCUCAAGCUUAUCCUGCCUACGGAAUGGGAGGGCAGCGCACGCCAGGAAAUCUUAAUGACAGAGGUUUCGCUACUGCCGAUGAUGUUCCUCAAACAAUUUCUCCCUAUGGAGUGGGAGGGCAACGCACGCCAAGAAAUCUGAAGCACAGAGGUACUCAUAAUGUGGUAAAUAUAACGGAGAAGGCACGAACAUUAAUUGAGUAUAUGAAUAGAACAUGGCACGAUAUCUCUUCGUGGGGAAUGACUUCAGAUUACGCCUUCUGGAAAGGCAAGCACAAUGUCUUCGGACAAGAACCAAUAUCUGCUCAUGCGGGGCGCUUCACCUGUGACAAGGAAUUGUUAGACUACUCGGAUCUCGACGUGAAGCUUGUUAUGUGUCUCUGGUAUAUUCCUCAGAAAAUUUGCAGUCCUGUUGGCAUUUACGUAAAUGUUACGGUGCCCCAGUAUGACGACGGAACAUUUGAAGAAAGACGAAUCAAGUUGAAUUUUAAUAACAAAAAUACGAUUGUAAGAAGAACACCGAAGACAAUUAGAAAGACCAUGAUUAAAGGCCUCAAAAAGUUCGCUGAGGUGUGUCAGUUCACAGUCAACGUGACAUUCCAUGGCUCGCUUGCGUACGAAACGAAUAACCCAACAAAUGGAAGACACUUUUUUCCGUUGGUGUGGGCUUGCUGCAGGACAAGGCCAGAGGACUGAUCAAAACAAAGCACAACAGACUGCACUACGUUAUACGAGGGUGGUUUAAACGAGUUACAUUUUGGCAAAGCUCUGCACACGCAAAACAAAAUUUACCGGAAUAAAGAAAUAUCACAGGUUU